AUGGCAGAAGCGAAGCCUGAAGUUGAACAGUUUGCCUUCCAAGCUGAGAUUUCUCAGCUUAUGAGUAUUAUCAUCAAUACCUUUUACUCAAACAAGGAGAUUUUCCUUCGUGAAUUAAUAUCAAAUGCAUCCGAUGCCCUCGAUAAGUUUCGGUACCAAUCACUCUUAGAUUCCUCAAAGCUUGAGACUGGUAGUGAACUGUAUAUUCGGAUAGUCCCUGACAAAGAAAAUAAGACUCUUACACUUCGGGAUACUGGUAUUGGCAUGACAAAGGCUGAUCUUGUGAAUAAUCUCGGUACAAUCGCCCGCUCUGGCACCAAAACGUUUAUGGAAGCACUUCAGACCGGUGCUGACAUAUCUAUGAUCGGUCAAUUUGGUGUCGGUUUCUAUUCAGCCUACUUAGUCGCAGACAAAGUGAAAGUCACGACAAAACAUAAUGAUGAUGAACAAUACAUAUGGGAAUCAGCUGCUGGUGGUUCCUUCACCAUUACACGUGAUACUGAAGGCGAAUCUCUUGGACGUGGAACUUCAAUCACAUUGUUCCUCAAAGAAGACCAGUUGGAAUACCUUGAAGAAAAACGUAUUAAAGAAGUUGUCAAAAGGCAUUCAGAAUUCAUCGAAGAUAAGCCAAAAACAAAAAAGACGGUCAAAGAACUUGAAGUCUUGAAUACGACGAAGCCGCUUUGGACUCGUAACCCCGAAGAUAUUACUAACGAAGAGUAUGCGUCAUUCUACAAGUCGAUCUCGAACGAUUGGGAAGAUCACCUCGCCGUUAAGCACUUCUCCGUGGAAGGUCAACUUGAAUUCCGUUCCGUCCUCUUUGUACCUCGGCGUGCACCAUUCGAUCUCUUUGAAACCAAGAAGAAACGCAAUAACAUCAAAUUAUACGUUCGACGUGUGUUCAUUAUGGAUGAUUGUGAAGAACUAAUCCCAGAAUAUCUGAAUUUUGUUAAGGGUAUAGUUGACUCUGAAGAUCUGCCACUCAAUAUUUCACGUGAGACGCUUCAGCAGAACAAGAUCUUAAAGGUCAUUCGUAAGAACCUCAUCAAGAAAUGUAUAGAGCUCUUCUUUGAAAUUGCCGAGGACAAGGAACAAUUCAGCAAGUUCUACGAAGCAUUUUGCAAGAACAUUAAACUAGCCGUCCAUGAGGAUAAGACUAACAUGACCAAAUUCGCCGAAUUGCUCAGAUUCCAUUCUACCAAAUCUGGUGAUGAGAUGACUUCGCUUAAGGAUUAUGUUACUCGUAUGCCCGAGAAACAGAAGAACAUUUACUACAUCACCGGCGAAAAUCGUCAGGCCGUAGAGAAUUCUCCGUUUACCGAAGUGUUGAAGAAACGUGGAUUUGAGGUGUUGCUCAUGACUGAUCCACUUGAUGAAUACGCCAUGAAUGCACUCAAAGAAUUCGAGGGCAAGAAGACGGUGAUCAAGGAAAUCCUCAACGACAAAGUUGAAAAGGUUACUGUUUCCAACCGUAUCUUAGAAUCCCCGUGUGUGCUCGUAACGGGCCAAUAUGGUUGGUCAGCGAACUUCGAACGCAUCAUGAAAGCUCAAGCCCUCCGUGACACAAGUAUGGCUUCCUACAUGGCCUCGAAGAAGAUUAUGGAAAUCAAUCCACGUCACGCAAUCGUCAAGUCGCUCAAAGCCAAAGUCGAGCUAGACAAGAAUGAUAAGACUGUACGAGACCUCACGUGGUUAUUGUACGAGACUUCUCUGCUGCAGUCCGGUUUCACACUUGAAGAGGCUUCAUCGUUUAGCAGUAGGAUCUACAAGAUGAUUAAACUCGGCUUGGAUAUUUCGGAUGAAGAUGAGCCUGAGGCUGAUGACAAGGAAGAACUACCAGAGUUGCAAGAGACUGGCGAAACAUCGAUGAUGGAAGAGAUAGAUUAA